UCUAUGUCACUUCUCUUAUUAUUGGGAGAUUUCUGGAGUUUCAAUUGGAAAAUCUGAGCAGUCAGGUGCUUCAAUGGCAGGGAUUACAACUUCCAUUACUUAUUAUUUUGCGUCACUUUUGAUAUUAUUGGGGUUUUUCUGGAGUUGUUGCAAUUGGAAAACUGUUAUUUCCCAUCAAAAGGACUCAACAUGUCCAGCCAAAAUAGGAGGUUGCUCUUCUCUUGAAAGCGCAUUUGAGUUAUUUGAUGCCACCUUCUUCAACCAUACCAAGAUGUUGGAGAUUGCAAAAGGUGCAAAGGAGUUCAACAUCCCCAUAAUAAGAGCAAACAGGGAACUAGUUGCUUCUGAGAAUGGAGGCUUGCAUUACCCGUCAGUUUUGGUAUUUAAUCCACAGUGGGACACUAAAACAGAAAAGUCAGCAAAACAAACUUUUGCAAAAAGAUUCAAAUAUCCUUCUUCUUCGACCAUAAAAAGGCCUCAAGAUGAUGAAGAUAUUGCUUUCAUGACGAUUCCUGAAUUAGGAUAUCUAAUUAAGACAAAGCAAAUUACAUCUGUAGAGCUCACUAAAAUUUUUCUUCGAAGAUUGAAAAGAUACAAUGUUGUACUUGAGGCUGUGGUGACUUAUACUGAAGAAUUAGCAUACAAGCAAGCAGAAGAGGCUGACAAUUUGCUUUCCAGAGGAGUGUAUUUAGGUCCUCUUCAUGGGAUUCCUUAUGGCUUGAAGGACAUAAUCUCAGUACCCCAAUACAAAACUACAUGGGGUUCAACAACUUUUAAGAGUCAAAUUCUUGAUAUUGAAGCUUGGGUCUACAAGCGGUUGAAGUCUGCAGGGGCAGUGCUUGUUGCCAAGCUUGUUACAGGAUCAUUGGCAUAUGAUGACAUAUGGUUUGGAGGAAGAACUAGGAACCCUUGGAACAUUGAGGAAUUCUCCACGGGCUCGUCGGCUGGACCCGCCGCCUCCACCUCCGCGGGCAUGGUUCCCUUCGCCAUUGGAUCAGAAACAUCGGGCUCCAUCUCCUUUCCUGCUGCUCGUUGUGGGGUCACCGCGUUGCGUCCUACAUUUGGCACCAUCGGUCGAACUGGCGUGAUGAGCAUAUCUGAAAGCCUCGACAAACUAGGGCCUUUCUGUAGAAGUGCUUCAGAUUGUGCAAUAAUUCUAGACAGCAUUAGAGGAAAGGAUCCAAAUGAUAUGUCAUCAAGGGACAUUCCCUUUGAGGAUCCAUUUUUGGUUGACAUCACAAAGCUUAGGGUGGGAUAUCUCGAGGAUGCUGAAAUGGAGGUUGUUCAUGUGCUCGAGGCGAAAGGCGUCGAGAUGGUUCCUUUCGAACUGAAUUACACGGUUGAUAGUGUCCAAGGCAUCCUCAACUUCACAAUGGAUGUGGACAUGUUGGCACACUUUGAUCAGUGGCAGCGCUCCGGAUACGAUAACGAGUAUGAAGCUCAAGAUCAAUGGCCUACCGAGCUUGGCCGCGCACGCCUGAUUCCCGCGGUGGAUUAUGUUCAGGCACAAAGAGCUCGGGGGAGGUUAAUUAGGGAAGUGGAACAAAGUUUUAAUAAUGUGGAUGCAUUCAUAGGAAAUGCAACUGAUUGGGAGAAAGUUUGUAUGGGAAAUCUGGUUGGAUUGCCCCUAAUUGUCGUUCCAACAGGAUUUAAAAAUAUCUCCAAUUCCAUAUCCAGCUACAACAAUAUUCGAAGAAGGACUACAGUGGCCACCGGCAUUUAUGCUCCCCCUCAAAAGGAUCACAUUGCUCUAGCAUUGGCAAUCGCUUACCAAUCAGUGACCAAUCACCACAGCCAGCGUCCACCAAUUGAUGAUCUUGGGCCACAUGACAAGCUUCACAUUCCAAAAUCACCCUCACCACCCUAACAACAACAACAACACAACAACGUGUAUAUCAUUGUUCGUUUGUUUUGUUAAUUUGAAUCAUAACUCAAGUUUUUGUUAUAUUAUUUUUUCUCAUGAAAAUUUAACUUAUUGACACUUAAAAUGUAUCAUAACAUAAAAUUUACUUAUCUAACAUUAUUGUUGCAC